AUGAUCGGCUCGUUUGGCGCCACAGCGGUGCUCAUCUUCGGAACCAUCGACUCGCCUCUCUCGCAGCCCCGCAAUGUGGUCCUCGGGAGUGCCGUCUCUGCUGUCAUUGGCGCGCUUAUAGCGGAGAUCUUCUCUAUUGGCGGGCUCGCGUUUCCGAAUACGUCCUGGCUGUGGCUACAGUGCGGGCUUGCGGUUUCCUUAUCCAUAGUGGCCAUGCAGCUGCUGCGUAUCGUUCACCCCCCUGGGGGAGCCUCAGCCCUGAUUGCAGUCAUGUCGCCGCCCUCCCUGCGCUGCCACGGCUUCUUUGUCCUCACACCCGUGCUGCUGGGAGUGUGCAUCAUGCUUACUGUUGCUCUCUUCGUCAACAAUAUCGCCAGACAGUACCCCCUGUACUGGUGGCGGCCUGUUAUCCUCGACAUUCCCGUGCCAGAGGGCUCCACACACCACUCUGCAGUGACAGCAGGCGAGGCAUACCACACCAUACAGCACCUGCACGCCGUGCACUCGCCUCUGCACCAUGCCCAGCUGUCCCUUCAGCCGCCCUCUCAGCCGCUCACUCAGCCGCCGUCUCAGCUGCUGCCCCUGUGCCUCCCUUCAAGCGAUGCACAGCGGGUCCACGCGGUGCUCUCUCCCGUGUGCGAUGCCCCGCCUCAUCAGUCAACCAGUGAAGCUGUGACAGCUGGCGAGGCGCUUGGCACGGUAGAGAACGCCCAUCCGCUGCCAGUGCCUUCGCAGCACUCACCGGCACAUGCGGUGCAGAGCGGUUUAGAUGCUGAAGAGGACGGGCCAGCCAGUCGUGUCCAUGGCGGUAUGGCGUACUUUCAAGGAGGCCGUGCCGCUGUGGCGCUGCCGGCUCGCUCCGUCUCAUUCUGGUCUCGCUUUGCUGAGAGGGGUGCCGAAGCCGAGUCUUAUGAGGAGCAGGGCGCGCUACUGAGGGACCUCUACCAGAUCAUCCUGCCACAGCUGCUGCAUCCUGAUUGGCUCUCGUCCCGCCAUGCCAGCUGGACCGACGAAUGCCUCGCUGCCAGCUCAGCUCUGGCACUGCAUGCACGCAUCCAGGUUUCUUCCUUCUCGCCCGCCGCCCCUUCUCCCUGCGCCUUCCCUGCCUUCCCCCCAACUCCCCUCCAGAAGCUCUCCUCAGCCAUCCUCUGGUCGCACGUCUCAGACCUCUGGAAAGUCUCCCUGCCACCGCAGCCAGCAGCAGCGUGGGCUGCCUUCACGCUUCCCUCCUGUGCUGUUCGUUCACUCGGUAUCACUGUGCUUCCCCUCCAGGAGCUCUCUUCAGCCUUCCUCUGGCCAAACGUGGAAUCUGUGCCCCCGUCUGCCCCCGUCUGCCCCCUCCAGGAGCUCUCGUCAGCCAUCCUCUGGCCGCACGUAUCAGACCUCUGGAAAGUCUCCCUGCCGCCACAACCAACAGCAGCGUGGGCUGCCUUCAAGCGCCCUCUGUUCCUCCCCUUGCUGUUCAUUCUCUCUGUCUGCACCCCCGUCUGCCCCCACCAGGAGCUCUCUUCAGCCAUCCUCUGGUCGCACGUCUCAGACCUCUGGAAGGUUUCUCUACCGCCGCAGCCAGCGGCAGCGUGGGCUGCCUUCAAGCGCCCUCUGCUGGCCGCCGUGGCAGCGUGUGUGGAGCUCGUUUCAGCGGAGGAGAGAGAAGGUGAUCAUGCUGUGCACUGGCAUUACGAAGAGAGGCGGGCCGUGCCAGGUGCCGGUUCUGCCUCCCUCCACGCUGUGCCAGUUCCACAGGCGGCAGCAGCAGUAUCAGCAGCAGCAGCAGCAGCAGCAGCAGCAGCAGCAGCAGCAGCAGCAGCAGCAGCAGCAGCAGCAGCAGCAGCAGCAGCAGCAGCAGCAGCAGCAGCAGCAGCAGCAGCAGCAGCAGCAGCAGCAGCAGCAGCAGCUGCAGCAGCAGCAGCAGCAGCAGCAGCAGCAGCAGCAGCAGCAGCGGCGGCGGCAGCAGCAGCAGCGGCAGCGGCAGCAGCAGCGGCAGCAGCAGCAGCAGCAGCAGCAGCAGCACACAAGGGAGUAUGUGCGGCAAUCAGAGCAGCAACGUCGGCAGCCGCAACAAGAGCAGCAGCAGCAGCAGCAGCAGAAGGGCGGCAGCAGCGACAACUUGAUGCAAGGCAGUGGCAGCAGCAGCGGCAGCAGCAGCGGAAACAAACUGAGGAUAUCCUCGGUCUUGAUCUCACUAGCUGGCAGCUGGGCUGUGCAUGCCAAGGUGCCGCUUGUGAUCCCAGGGCGUGCGACCACGUGGAGCACUCCCAGCAGGACACGGAGGGUGAAGCUUGCGACGUGAAUGGGGAGCCUAUGAGAGGACGCUUUGCCUACGACAGCAACGGCAGAAUCGUGCUGCAGAGAGGGCUGCUGGUGUACGAGUGCAAUGCACACUGUGCGUGCGUUGCUCUCAAGUGCCCCAAUCGUGUGCUGCAGCGAGGCAUUCAGCAUCGCCUUGAACUCUUUCUCACUCCUCACAAGGGCUGGGCCGUGCGGGCAGCAGAGGCACUGAAACGAGGCACAUUUGUGUGCGAGUACAUAGGAGAGGUGGUGGGAAGCACUGAAGCCACCACACGCGCACAGGCAUACCCUGAGAUCGGCUCCUAUCUCUACGAUAUAGACACUCACAUGGACGCUCCUCCUGCUGCGGUGCAGUGCGGUUCAAGUGGGAGAUUAUCAAGUGGGAGAAUAUCAAGGGGAGAGCGGCUUGGUAGUCCGAACCAGGGACGAGCGUUGGUCAAGAGAAGAAGGAGAUUGGCGCGGACUGGUGGGAGUGCUGGAUGGCUGAGGAGAAACGAGCAGCUGGAGAGGCAGAGAAUCAAGGAGAAAUGGGAGCGGGGUGAGGAGGGAUGGGAGGAUGAUGAGGAAGAGGAGUUGGAGAAGGAGUGGUGGGAUGUGGGGAACGUGGAAGGUUGGGAGCUUGAGGAGGUGGGUCUGAAGAAGCCACAGCCGCAGCAGCAGGCGCAACAACACUUUGUGAUUGACGCCACUCGACAGGGGAACAUUGCAAGGUUCAUCAACCACAGCUGCGACCCCAACCUGGUGAACUACUCGGUGCUUGUAGAGAGCAUGGACUGCCAGCUGGCGCACAUCGGCCUGUUUGCCGCCCGGGAUAUAGCAGCAGGAGAGGAGUUGUCAUAUGACUAUCACUACAGUUUAGUGGAUGGCCCGGGUUGCCCUUGUCAUUGUGGAGCCAAGAAAUGCCGUGGUCCAUAUAUCGUAUCAGCAUUCAAAAGAAGAAAUGGGUGUGGAUUGUAUCACUGCAAUUUCAUGACGGGGCUGUUUACUGAGGAUCGGAGCACUGGCGGAAUGGCGGAGAGUAGCAGCGCGUCCGACGAUGCGCUGCUGCGGGAGUUCUUCGCUGAGGUCGGCGCGGUGGAGAGGGAUAACGAAGUAAACAGGAUCCUGGCGUGCUUCAAGCUGAAUCCGUUCGAGCAGCUGAACCUGCCGUUUGAUGCCAAGCAGGAGGACGUCAAGAAGCAAUACCGCAAGGUGUCACUUAUGAUUCAUCCCGACAAAUGCAAGCACCCUCAAGCACGAGAAGCAUUUGAUGUGGUGGCGAAAGCACAGGAGAAGCUUCUGAAUGCAGACGAGUGGGGUUACCUCACAUCACAAUUUGCAGCAGCCAAAGAGGAUGUGUUGAGGGAGCAUAAGAGGAAGUUGAAGAAGGAAAGGCAAGGCAAACCGGCCGCAGACGGGCUGUCUAAAGCAGAGGAGGAGGCGGCCUUCCUAGCAUCAGCAGAGUUCAAGGAGCAGUGGCGGUUGAAGGCUCGUGAGCUGUUGACAGCGAAUGAAUGGAGGCGAAGAAAACUCUCAAAGCGGAUAAAGGAGGAAGAGGUGAAGAUUCAGCAGGAGGAGGAGGAGACGAAGGAGAAGACACUCAAGGAGAAGGAGCACGCCCAGAAGUGGGAGGAGACUAGAGAGACGAGGGUCAGCAGCUGGAGAGACUUUCAAAAGAAAGGCAAUAAGAAAGCAAAGGGUGAGCUCAAACCUCCAGCCAUGCGAGCCGAAGAUCCAAAUAAAUCAUACCUAGACGACGCGGCCUUCGCGACUCAGGAGAUGGACCUGGUUCUGGAGCUGGAGUCGCGAGUCGAGCAGUUAGAGAACGCUAAUAAGGAGCAGGAGAAGGAAAUAUCGUCACUAAGAACACAGCUCGCGAUAACAGAGGAGAGCCUUCAACGCGAAAAGGAGGCGUCGGUGCGUCUCUUGCAGCUGCUGCAGCAGGAGCGCGAGGCGCGCUCGGCCAUGGCGGCGGUGAGGGAGGAGGACCGGGUGCUGUCGGAUGCGGAUAUGGCGGCGCUGAUGCAGAAGAAUAAGGAGCUUGAGGACGUGCUCCGGAGAUUAGAGGAAGACGUGGAGGCGAUUUCGCAGGAGAAAGAAUCUCUGUUGAAAGACAGAGACGGCAUGGCGGUUGAAUCCAGGUGA